CUUUUUGCGUCUCGAAUCUGGCAUCACUGCACUGCAUAGCAGUGUCCAUUCCAGUAUAUUUAUAGUUCAAGUUAUAUAUUAGAAGGAUGGCUUAUAUUCUGAGCAAGAUUCCCAUUUUAUGUCAAACUGCUUUCCACAAGAAUAUAAGAUUUAAAUCUGCUGUUAAAAUGAUAUCUAUAAGAAAUUGUCAUAUCACUAACAGAACAAAUCCCAUGGCAGAACAGAGAUUUAAGCUCAAGGACAAUAUAAGUAGUGAUUAUAAACUUAUAUAUAGAGAGCACAAAAUUGUCAAUUUCGUAACUAUUGUUGCAUAUACUUGUGGAUGGCUAGGUCUCACUGCUGGUACAAUGAGUAUGGGAUAUUUGAUCUACAAAAAUCCACCGUUACAGCAAGAAGGUAUAAAAGAUGGAUCUGGCAAGGAAAUAUUGAAACCUUUAAGUCAAUUCGGUAGGAUAACUGCGAUAUGUGCUAGCAUUACUUUAUCCAUCUUAGCUAUAAUAGCUAGUAAAGUCAUCCCAUUUAGAAUUUAUCACAAUCCUACAGAGAAAUUGUACAAAGCUAUCUUUGUAAGUAAUGCGUUGGGCAAAGCACAGAUAUUAACAUUUGGCGAAGGUACUGUUGUGCCUAAAUUUGGGCGUAAAUAUAUAGGAGAUUUGUUGUUUGAUAUUAAUGGUUAUACUGUUUUACUUGAUAAAGAAUGUUUUCCAGUGCCAUAUGCACGUGAACAAAUGAUUCGUAGAACUGUUUAGAAUUUAUUUUUUUCUAAAAAUAAACUAAAGAAUUUACCUUUUUCAUAAAAUAAACUUGU